AGAGAGAGAGAGAGCAAGAGAGAGUGAGAGAGACAAAUAAUACAGAAGACAGUCACAGAAAAAGAGGCAGGGAAAGAGAGAGUGUGGAAGAGUCACCAUGGGGUCCAGCUCGUCCUCCUACGCACCCAAGACCAUCUACCUGGAUGUGGAGGGGAAGGUGCAGAAGGUGGUGUUCAGUCGUUACUGCAGCCCAUGUGACAUUAAGGAGCUGUUGUGUUCUUCCUCUAACAUCCCCAGGAACACUUCCAUCAUGAUGGUGGACCCGGAAGGGGCUCUGGUCUCCAUCGACCCCACGAUGCCAAUCAACUCUCCCAACUCCCUGUACAAGGUGGUUGCUAUGUCAACGGGUCAGCUAGGAGACAAAGAGGACAUGUUCCAGAAUGUUUUGUCUCAGGUGGCGGAACAGUUUAGCAGGGCGUUCCGUAUCAACGAGUUGAAGACAGAGGUGACCAACAGACUGGCCAUGCUGGAGAAGAGAGUGGAGCUGGAGGGCCUGAAGGUGGUGGAGAUCGAGAAGUGCAAGAACGACCUGAGGAAGCUGAGAGAUGAGAUGACGUCCAGAGGAGGGGGCAGGGUGAACUGUCCCUGUAAAUACAACUUCUGUGAUGACGGGAAGAAGCUGACCCCCAGGAGGGAUGUGCCCAGCUAUCCCAAGUACACCCUGUCCCAGGAGACCAUUGAGGCCCUCAAGAAGCCUACCUUUGACGUCUGGCAUUGGGAGCACAAUGAGAUGCUGAGCUGUCUGGAAUACAUGUACCAUGAUUUGGGCCUGGUGAAAGAAUUCAACAUGAACCCCAUCACUCUCAAACGCUGGCUGCUGGGCAUCCAGGAGAACUACCGCAGCAACCCAUUCCACAACUUCCGCCACUGCUUCUGUGUCAGCCAGAUGAUGUACGGCAUGAUCAACCUGUGCAACCUGCAGGAGAAGCUAACCCUGACAGACAUAGGUAUUCUCAUGACAGCUGCUGUGUGUCACGACCUGGACCACCCUGGAUACAACAACACGUACCAGAUCAAUGCACGUACUGAGUUGGCAGUACGUUACAACGACAUCUCUCCCCUGGAGAACCACCACUGUGCCGUGGCCUUUCAGAUCCUCUGCCUCCCAGAAUGCAACAUCUUCGCCAAUGUGGAAAUUGAGGCCUACAAGCAAAUCAGACAGGCUAUUAUUACUCUGAUCCUGGCCACAGACAUGGCCAGGCAUGGGGAGAUAUUGGACUCCUUCAAGCAGAAGGUUGACAACUUUGACUUCACCAAUGAGGAGCAUGUCACAUGCCUGAAAAUGGUCCUAAUCAAGUGCUGUGACAUCUCCAAUGAGGUGCGCCCCACCGAGGUGGCUGAGCCAUGGGUGGACUGUCUGCUGGAGGAAUACUUCAUGCAGAGUGACAGGGAGAAGUCGGAGGGGCUGCCUGUGGCCCCGUUCAUGGACAGAGACAAGGUCACCAAGCCCACUGCCCAGAUCGGCUUCAUCAAGUUCGUCCUUAUCCCCAUGUUUGAGAAUGUCAUGAAGCUCUUUCCUCAGAUAGAGGAGAUCAUGGUGCAGCCUCUCAGAGACUCUCGUGACCACUAUGAGGAGCUGAAGCAGAUUGAUGAUGCCAUGACUGAGGACCAGAAGAAAAAAACUGAAAAGAUGUCAUUAGGAGGGAAGAAGAAGUGAGCUCAGCGGCUCACUCAGCGUGGGACCCGGACAUGUGUGAUCCGAUUUCAUGGAGCCAACAACAAACCGUCUAUUUGAGGAUUGGUCGACAACCGUUGUCCCGACCCAGUCCCUGAUUGGUGAGCUGGAGGGUGGAGGCUGGAAGUAGAGGCGACUGACCAACUCAUCCGACCAAACCGAACUCCUCAGACUUCCUUGAGACGCAUUGCCACGGAAACAUCGGCUCGGACUUUCUACGUUCGUUGUCGUUGUUUGUUUUUCGAUGCUUCAGAGACAUGACGUGUUCUGGGUGGUAGAGUUUUUGGUUGAAACGUAGAAAAAAAGUGAUGAUGUACAACAAGUAUCUAUUUCUAUAUUGGGGUAGUAGCACAUGUAGGACCACCUUUACACCAUUUUCACAAGUUUGAGAUUGUUGGGUUCAGUCAAGUUAUUUUGUCAACUUACAAAUGAAAGCACAAAAAACAUCCCUAUAUCGAAUUACCUCCAGCCAGCAUUAACUUAGUUUGCUUUAAUCAUUGCUACAUAAUACAGAAACUCCAAAGAGAAUUUGAGUGGGCUUUCGAUCAAAGCGAAACGUAUCAUGUUAGAAAACUAAAGCUGUAUACUAGAAAGGCCACAUGUCCUGUGAUAAUGUAAACACAAGGAUACCUACACUACACUCCUCUGUCUUACUAGUGUCUGUAAAAAAACAAAAUACACAUGUAUGUGUGUGUGUGUGUGUGUGUGUGCUUCUGUGUGUGUGCUUCUGUGUGUGUGUGCACCAGGGAUUUCCUGUUUAUUGUCGCCAGGCAGAGGUGUUUCAGGAGCCUUGCUGUAGCUGUAGGCUGGGACAAACGCAGCAUAUGUUGAAACAUGAUUUGUUUGCCUGAAGUGUACCACCCAAGGUACCACUUACCAACACACCGCUCUCUCUGUCCCCCCCUCAUUCUCUCUCUUCCUCUCCCUCCUCUCUCUCUCUCUCUCUCUCUCUCUCUCUCUCUCUCUCUCUCUCUCU